UCUAAGCCGUUUCGUAGCUCAUGCGGUCAUCGACGAAGAACUAGAACGAGGUGCUCGCAUUUCUCGUUAUUAUUAAUUAAAAUUACAAAAAUCUGAACCUCAGCGACGACCAAACUCGCAGAAAAAUGAGAACAGGAUUUUUUAUAUCUACUUUCUGCUUGGCCACGGGUACAUGCAUCCUACCCUCGCCGUUAACGUUGCAAUUAAUCCUGGAAUUUUCUAAAUUGAGAUCUUGGGACCAAAUCGUGCUCUUCGAGAAUUUAAGUUCUCUAGACUGUGUGUUUGCUUACGCCAGACCUCUGAUCUCGUGUCUCGCCGAAAAAGGAAUUAGCGUGUCGGUUCAAUCAGCCAUCAAUCCCAAUAUACCUGAUGCCCUUAUGAUCCAGAAGCACCGAAUUGGAUCGAUCGUACUGCUGGACGGGCUCAAUCUCACGUCGCCAGAAAACGUGCUUCACGUGGCUUCCCAGAAACUUCUUUUCAAUUAUUACGUCUCGUGGCUGAUGAUAACUGCAAGAAACACGGACGCGACGAUUGAUAACGUGCUUCGACAUUUGAAUAUUGGCAUCGAUAGCGACGUGAUUGUCGCGAUGUCCUCUUUGACACACGAGGCGAUGCAAAAAUUCUACUGGAACAGAACCUCUCUGUGUUUGCGUCGCUAUGGGAGUCAUUACGAGUUUCGGGAGCCUCUCGUCCAGCGAAUCGACGAGAACGCGACGAUCAACCUAAACUACGCCGUUUUGAAGAACAGAACGGUGGCCUUCUAUUUCGUCCAUGUAUACAAGAUUCGCCACAAUGACAAUACCAGUUUGGUGACCGAUUCCCUCGGUUCCUGGAACCCGGGCUCCUGGGAGUUCCGGGACCCACCAAGCGUGAAACUCAGAAGCAAUUUUAACGGACUUCCGAUAGUUUUUGGUGUUUUGAAUGGUACGAUCGAUGGAGAGAUGGACGUGACGGAUCUAGUCGAGGCGAACGACAUCGCGCCGCUUCUCGAUUUCGCCAGAUUUAUCACCAGCAGCGUAAAUGCAAGCAUAGAACUGGUGCCGCACGAGAAACUUGGCACGUUGAACAACAAAGUUUGGAACAACCUUCUCGGGGACGUCAUUGCUGGAACUGUUGACAUUGGAUUAGGAUACAUAACCGUGAACGAGGAACGACAGGCAGAAAUGUUUUUCAGCCACCCUCUGAUUCGCUAUAUGAGAAAUAUUUAUUAUCAUCCACUGGAAAGUGGUACCAUGAGAGACAUAUUUCGCCAGCCAUUCAACAAUUGCCUUUUGGGAUGCGUCGCGUGCACGUAUUUUGCAAUACUGAUCGCAAUGGGCCUGAUAAUUUACGCUACGAAAACCGUUCUGCAUCACGAAGAGGAGAAACGCGUUGGAAUAGGGGAAGCAGCGUUAUGGUGCAUCAGCAUAAUGUGCAUGCAAGGUUCGCCAUGGACACCGCGUAAUCCGUCUGGGAAAACAGUAUUAUUGUUCAGCUUAAUGUUCGCUCUGGUAAUGUACAACGCGUACGCUGGUUUCAUUACCUCGAUACUGUCGGUACAAGCAAGCGGUAUCAAAUCUAUCACCGACCUUUUGUCGCACAAUUUCAAACUGGGAUACAGCAUCACCGAUGACGAAUACAUUCGCAACGUGAACGACAGUAAUCUUCGCGAGCUGUACAUAAGAGCAUUCAACAACCGAGAGUCUCGAUUAGACACGACUUCCGGUCUCGCGAAGGCGGUGCAGGGACAAUACGGUUUCUUUGUCAGCGCCACCCUCGCGCGACGUGCUCUCAGAACGACGUUGAUUCAAGAGCGAUGUACUUUGAAGGAACUAUCCAUACCGCAAACGUUCACGAUGGUGGCCUUGCCGAUGUCCAAUUCCUGCCCUUACAAGAAAAUUAUUAACCUGAACAUUCUGAGGAUACGGGAACGAGGUGUCCUGAACAGAAUAACGGAACAAAUGCUACCAGAAAUGCCGCAAUGCAAAUCACCGACAACGUUUCACAGCGCCAGGCUGGCCGACGUCUAUUCCGCCUUCUUCAUACUGAUCGCUGGAGGUUUGACGGCGAUUUCGAUCUGGAUCGCGGAAAGAAUCUGGAACAAGAGACUGCAAAUGAAGAACAGCAUCGUGCGAGGGAUGCGUCAGCGUCAUCUGAUGUCGAGCUUGUCUAAUUUGCCUCAUUUGCGCCAUUUCCCCCCGUUUUCUCGUUUCCCUCAUCUGCAUUUGCAUUCCCAUCGCGGCAAAAAGCGGGAUUUUCUCGCGAACCAUCGGAUGCAACGCGACCCGACGAACAACGACGAGCGCCUCGUUACGGAUUUUACCAUCGCUACGCAGGAUGGACGACCGUGGAAAUCGAUCUCGCCCUUUGGGGCAAAAGAGGCCGAUAGGGUGGCAAAUUCUGGCGAGGAAAUCGAUCGCCCCCGUUUCGAGCCAAGAUUCUAUAAUUGGAGAAGACGGACCAGCUUUAACGGGACAAGCGUCUCUGAUUUGCCGACAAAGAAAUUCCAAGCGAUCGAGGAGGACCGUAGACCUACCGAUAACACGGUUUUCCCGUUUCAUCAAUGAAGUAUUGUUUUUCAUCGCGAACAAGUCGUUCUAGAAAAAUUACUCACGAUAUCGAUUAAAGUCUAAAAAGCAAUCGAUCUUGAUCAAGAUAAAAACAAGAUUUAUCGUGCGACCAACCAGUAUUUUUGCAUUUUUACGCAAUUUCGUGCAAUGAAUCACCGAUGCGUGAAAGAUUAUUCAUUUUUUCGGCCGGCAACGGGUAAAUAUUCAUUAAUUGUUAUUUUUCAAACCGAGAGCGCAACUAUGUAACGAACGAGGCGUCUUCUAGAACAGAUAAGAAAUUAUUGGUUGCACGAAGUGCGAACGUGAUAACUGUAUACAUACAAUCGCAUCCAAAGUUUAGCAUUGAAUAUAAUUAAAUGUGUAGGUUUCUGAAACUGAUAUAAUUUAUUGUAAGUUGUUUGGUAUUAAAUUUACAUGUAUCAAAAGAUAAGAAUGUUUGUUAUAUUCGUAGCAAGUUUUGUCGUUUCCGGCAUAGAAUAAAUGCGCGUAGAAAAUGUAAAGAGCUAUCAAAUAAACGAUUUAAUCGCCGUCUACAUUUCACGCGAUAGAUCCUCAAUCGUCGUACUUUCCGUAUUUAUCGUACGAUGCGAUGACUGAUACUUUGGCAUUGUAUGGUUUAAAGGGAGACUCGU